GGGGGAUGAGGUGGAAAGACAAAUGGAGGAAGAAGGGAGGGGGGACGGCAAAGUUUGAGGAACGGAGGGGGGACGACAAAGGGGAGGAACAGAGGGGGGAUGACAAAGGGGGAGGGACGGAGGGGGGACGACAAAACGGGAGGAACGGAGGGGAGAUGGCAAACGGGGAGGAAGGGAGGGGGGACAGCAAAGGGGGGGGAACGGACGGGGGACGAAAAAGGGGGGGGGGGCGGAGGGAGGAUGGCAAAGGGGGAGGAACGGAGGGGGACGACAAAGGGGGAGGGAAGGAAAGGGGACGACAGGGGAGGAACGGAGGGGGGACGACAAAGGGGGGGGAACGCAGGGGGGACGGCAAAGGGGAGGGACGGAUGGGGACGACAAAGGAGGAAGAACAGAGGAGGGACGGCGAAGGGGAAGGAAGGGAAGGGGGGCGGCAAAAGGGGGGGGGACGGAGGGGGGAGGAACGGACGGGGGACGGCAAAGGGGGACGAACGGAGGGGGGACGAGUAAGGGGGAGGAACGGAGGGGGGACGACAAAGGGGGAGGGACGGAUAGACAUGGGACGGCAAAGGGGGAGGAACGAGGGGGGACAACAAAGGGGGGGGGAACGGAGGGGGGACGACAAAGGGGAGGGACGGAGGGGGGAUGGCAAAGGGGGAGGAAGGGAGGGGGGACAACAAAGGGGGGGGAAAGGGGGGGGGGAGGGCGACAAAGGGGGAGGGACGGAUGGGGGACCACAAAGGGGGGGGAACGGAGGGGACGACAAAGGCGCCAGCACGAAAGGCGCCAAAGCGCGCACGACGCCAGCGCAAAACGGGCUGGCACGCAAGGCGCCAGCGCGCAAGGCGACAGCUCGCACAGCGCCA